AUGGUUGGCUUUGCCAUCGCCUUCUCGGCGCUUCUCGCCGUUCAGGGCGUGCUUGCGAACCCCGUGGGGUCACGUACGCCGUACCGUGUCAAGGAUUCGCACCACGUUCCUAGGGCUUGGAGGCGAGUUCGUCGCGCGCCUGCCGAUCAUAUUAUCGACCUCCAGAUCGGUGUUAAGCAGAGCAAUUUCGCGGAAUUGGAAAGGCAUCUAUACGAAGUUUCGGAUCCGGAUCACCCUCGCUACGGCCAGCAUCUUAGUGCUGGUGAUGUUAAGGAGUUGGUCAAGCCGACGGACGAGACAUUGGAUCUCGUCCACGAGUGGCUGCAAGCCAAUGACAUCACCCCUUCAGGAUAUAGCUCAGCUAAAGAUUGGAUCAUGGUGUCCCUUCCGGUGGGAACGGUUGAACGACUUCUAGACACGGAGUAUCAUAUUUAUGAGCACAAGGACGGCGGGCUUGUCGCCCGGGCCCCUAAGUGGUCUCUUCCCCUUCAUCUCCACGAUCGGAUCGACACGAUCCAGCCUACCAAUUCGUUCUUCCGUGCCCGUGCUGAGAAGUUCGACCAUAUCGAAGCCCCUGUGUAUAUUGAUCCCAAGUACACGCCCCCUUCCAACGAGACCCUGAACGCAGUCUGCAAUGUUAGCUCCGUCACGCCCGAAUGCUUCCAGACCCUCUACUCGACCAAGGGUUACAAGACCCACGCCUGUGGUAAGAAUAAGAUCGGCUUUAACAAUUAUCUUGGCGAGCAUCCAAUUCGGUCAGACGCCGAAUUGUUCCUUGCCAAGUACCGACCCGAGGCGGUCUCGAGCGCGAAGGACUUCCCCCAGAUCUCCAUCGCAAAUGGACCUGGUGACUAUGCUCUGACGCCUGAAGAAAUCGAGGCGGGAGUAUCGAAGGAAGCGAACCUAGACGUCCAGGCUAUUGCCGGCAUCAGCUGGAAGACUCCAAUCAUCAGUUACUCGACUGGCGGAAGCCCACCUUUCAUCCCGUCUGUGAGCACGCCCGAUAAUACCAACGAACCGUACCUGGUGUGGGUAAAUUAUCUUCUUGGCCUCGAGUCUUUCCCGCAGGUAAUUAGAUCAGUCACUAACUGGCUUACUACAGCGACGUCGUAUGCCGACGAUGAGCAGACGGUCCCGGAGUCGUAUGCCCGCCGGGUCUGCCAGCAAUUCGCCCAAGUGGGUGCCCGUGGUACCUCGCUACUGUUCUCAAGCGGUGAUAGCGGUGUUGGGCCGUACGGGGAAUGCAUUAGCAACGAUGGAAAGAACACAACUCGAUUCCUCCCCGAAUUUCCGCCUAGCUGCCCCUACGUGACGGCAGUUGGCGCUACGAAGAACUUCGAACCUGAGGUGGUGGCGUACCGGCCCGCGUUCGUUGGACCUGAUGGCGUCGCACACGGUAACUACACGAGCGGCGGCGGGUUUAGCAAUUACUUCACGACGCCGGCGUACCAGGCAAAGCAUGCGAGCAGCUACGUUAAGAACCUAGGUGGCCUUUACGACGGCCUAUAUAACAAGACGGGCCGCGGGUACCCAGACAUCUCGGCUCAGGGACUCUACUUUGCUUAUUUCUGGAAUGGUACGGAGGGCACCAUCAGCGGAACGAGUGCCAGUUGCCCUCUGACGGGCGGAAUCAUCUCGCUGGUAAACGACGCGCUCAUUUCAUCCGGCAAACCAGCACUGGGGUUUUUGAACCCGUGGUUGUACUCGAAAGGGUACAAGGGCCUGACCGACAUCACACAGGGCAGUGCUGUCGGGUGUGGUGUAGACGGCUUCCCGGCUACUGAGGGAUGGGACCCCGUUACCGGGCUCGGUACGCCGGUGUUCCCUGAGCUCGUCGCAUUGGCGGGUGGGAAGCUGUUUUAUUAAAGAGGGAAAUGCUAUGAUUCGUGCUAGAUAACGAGGAUGCAAUGUCUUCGCUUAGACAUAUGCCAUACAGCCUUUGUACGUACUAGUCGAUGAAUUGAUAGUAGAUUAUUAAAAAAAAGAAACAGGAAACAAAAUCCCUGUAAUGAGCUGGACGAGUAUUCAUGUAUCGAAUAUCUUAUCCGCAACAUGCAUAUGGUGGGUAAGGACAUAGAUAUGUCUAGAAAGUCCCACCUACCGUACCCGCCUAUGUAAGUACGUACCUACAUAAUAGUUCGUACUCGAACCAAUUGAUGUCAUUCCUCUUCUUAAUAUCAACAUAAUAUCAACACUGCGUCGACGUUGAAACAAAUUCUAAAGGUAGACAUAUCCACUACCUACCUGAAUACAUAUAUCGUCGGUCGAGUCCACAAUCCUCGUCGGUAAUUUGACUCCUCUACCCUUGCAUUAGGGCUGCCUUAACCAUGGGAUCUAUCGUUCUACCACAUCUGAACACCGGCUGGCAUGUCGACCAAGCCAUUCUAUCGGAAACGGAGCGUGUUGUCGGUGAGUGCAGCAUGUCCUUAGACGUACAAUUAUUUUACCAAGCAAGACGCUAACAUGCCUUU